CUGUCAAGUUGUCAUUAAUAAUAGUUCAUAGAUAUAAACUUAAUAAUAUAAUAAAUUAGACUUAUAAGAAAAUUUUAUAUAAGACCUUCGUGAUGGCUUCGCGUGAAAUAGAAGACACGCAUAAGUAUCUCCUGUCCAAACUGUUGCUGGAAUCGGGCUUGGAGUGUGUCACGUCAGCUCAGGACACGCCAGCCUCGACGUCCAGCUCGGGGGAAGACGAACAGAGAGAGGCACCGGAAACAGUGGAAGAAGAAUUAAAAGAUGAGACAAUUAAAGAGGAAACUCAAGAGUAUGAAAUCGAGGAGAUUAUUGAGGAGGAACCUGAGAUAUUCCCAACACCGUCAUUGAGGAGGCUCUUACCUGACAAGAUUAGAAGAAUUCAGGAGCACAAUAGCAUCCACGUGCUGCCAGAAGAGUUCAAAGCGGACAUCGACCCCACCGCCAUACCAAAAAUAGCCACAACAGCUCAGCAGAAAUAUAUAGAUAUCUUGGCUUCAAUCACUGGCUGUAGUCGAUAUAAGAAGAGUCUGGCUGAAUACUGGUUUCUGGACACUUUGGCCAAUCUGUUAAGACGAGCGCAGGAGGAUGAAAUGAAUAGAGCGUCCCAGGCUGUAUUAAUUCUGUGGUUUUGCGAGUGGAUGAAAGAAAUGCAGCACUUCGAUGCCGCUGACAGGCGUCGUAUGCUCAGGAGAUUCCAGGAUAACAUACUGGCAGCGGCGCGGUUUAUAGCGGAAGAGGACUAUCUGCCGACGCCGCAAAUGGCUGGAGUCGUUUAUAAAUCGCCGGAAGAGGAUUUAGAGAAAAAGUCAGUGAGUCGCACAGACCCGGACUCUAAACACCUGGUGACGUUCGAGGGAGCGGCGUACGAGUGUUCGUUGAGGGAUCUAACACACAUUAUACAUUAUAUUUAUGAUCUUUUCAGCACCGACUAUCAGUACAAUCUAGUACGUUCCGUGUUCACGUUCAAGCCGGAGUACUGCCUCAUCGACACUCCUCACCAGAUACGCAAUCCGAAGAGACUAUUCGCUCCCCUCAAACUGAAGCCCAAGAAGGAGCCGAAGUCGCCGAAAAAAGACAAACCUCCAGCAGGUAAAGGAAAGAGGAAAGAUGUCGACACAGAGGAGUACCUGGCUCUGUUGGAGCUCCGCGCCAGAGACGAGCGCGAGCAGGACGCUCUGGAGGAACAGGCUCGUGAGUCGUGGCAUCGGCGGUGUCACAUCCUGCCGCUAGCCUUCGCGGCUGAUGACCAGUUCUUUGACAAGUACUGGCCGCCGCCGCCCGUGGAGCCGGAGCCGGAGCCGGAGCCCGAGGUGAAAGGCAAGAAGAAAGGCAAGAAGUGAUGACUCGCUAUUCGAGGAAACAAAGGCGUUACGAUUAAUGUUAGCUAAUCAUUUCGUUACAUAUCUUUAAAAAAAAGCUGUCACUCCUCUGUCUAAAUAAAGGUGUUUGGGUAACUUUUUGAAUGUCGUAAUAAUACAAUUCCGCUAAAUGUAUUAUUUUAUUUUAUAUUGCUUAUUUAUCAAUAAAUUGACAAAAAAAAAUAUCACUUAAUGAGACGGUGACGGUGAGAAGUAAUUUUUUUGUUCUCGGUUCAAGUUUUCUAUUCAAUCAUCAAUGCGAAAUAUUUAAGUCGCACUGAACUCACAACACAAA